GUGUGAACGCUGACGAUAGAAAAAGAGAGAAAAAAGAUAAAUGAAUAAAUAAUAAUAAUAAAGUACAUUUUUGGAAAAAAAGAGGAGGGAGAUAAACCGAAAAAGUAAAGCAGGGGCGUUGAACAAUGAGAUUAAAAAACGUAGCAGAGAUAAUAAUAAAAAAUAAUAAAUAAAAGGGGGUUGGUUUGGUCGGGAGGAGUUGGAGAAGCAGAGAGAAGGAGAAAAGCAUAGAGGAGAGUGUGUGGGGGCGUUGCAUUGAGUCAAAGGCGAUCAAAGAAAGAGUGUAGUGGUAAUAAUCUAUGUACUGAGAUACAUGGGUGGUGGAGGAACGCUCGUGGAAGGGAUUCGAAGAUUGUUUCAACGACGCGCUUCUAGCUCUGCUGAAAAUCAAAACAAUGCCAACAAUAGCCGCGUCUACGUGAGAGAUUUGCGCGCGCAGUUGGCUUCCAUUCCCAACCACGACCACCUUGUUGACCCUGAUUUCGAUUUCUCUACCUUGAAGCCCAUCAAAGUUCCCGCACAAAUCCCCUUCAGACCCUCUUCUAUGGAUCAUCACAAAAAGGGUGCUCCAGAGUCAGAGUUUUUUACUGAGUAUGGAGAGGCGAGUCAAUACCAGAUCCAAGAGGUUGUUGGAAAAGGAAGUUAUGGUGUUGUGGGUUCUGCCGUUGAUACUCACACGGGUGAAAGGGUUGCAAUCAAGAAAAUUAGUGAUGUUUUUGAGCAUGUAUCCGAUGCCACACGGAUCCUUAGAGAAAUUAAGCUCUUGCGGUUGCUUAGACAUCCUGAUAUUGUGGAAAUUAAGCAUAUUAUGCUUCCUCCUUCCCGGAGAGAGUUCAGGGAUAUCUAUGUAGUGUUUGAGUUGAUGGAAUCUGAUCUUCAUCAAGUAAUCAAGGCCAAUGAUGAUCUUACCCCCGAGCACCAUCAAUUUUUCUUGUACCAACUUCUAAGGGGCCUGAAAUAUAUUCAUACAGCAAACGUGUUUCAUCGUGAUCUGAAGCCAAAAAAUAUUCUUGCUAACGCUGACUGCAAACUAAAAAUAUGCGAUUUUGGGCUUGCUCGAGUUUCAUUCAAUGAUGCUCCAUCAGCUAUAUUCUGGACUGAUUAUGUUGCAACUCGGUGGUACCGUGCACCGGAAUUAUGUGGUUCUUUUUUUUCAAAGUACACUCCUGCAAUUGAUAUAUGGAGCAUUGGAUGCAUAUUUGCAGAAAUGCUCACUGGGAAGCCAUUGUUUCCUGGAAAAAAUGUUGUGCACCAAUUGGAUCUCAUGACUGAUUUGCUUGGCACUCCUCCUCCAGAGUCCAUUGCAAGGAUUCGAAAUGAAAAGGCCAAAAGGUAUCUCAACAGCAUGAGAAAAAAGCAACCAAUUCCACUAUCCCACAAAUUUCCAAAUGCAGAUCCAUUGGCUCUCCGGUUACUGGAACGGCUACUUGCAUUUGAUCCUAAAGACCGUCCAUCAGCUGAAGAGGCACUAGCUGAUCCUUACUUCAUUGGUUUGGCGAACAUAGACCGUGAACCAUGCACUCUACCCAUUUCAAAACUUGAGUUUGAAUUUGAGAGAAGGAAAUUGACCAAAGAUGAUGUCAGAGAGUUGAUUUAUCGAGAGAUUUUGGAGUACCAUCCCCAAAUGCUGCAAGAGCAUAUUCGUGGUGGAGAUCAAACUAGCUUCAUGUAUCCAAGUGGGGUUGAUCGGUUCAAGAGACAGUUUGCACAUCUUGAGGAGCAUUAUGGGAAUGGUGAACGAAGCACUCCAUUGCAGAGACAGCAUGCCUCCUUACCUAGAGAGAGAGUUUGUGCUCCCAAGGAUGAAAGUAAACAACACAACGAUAUUGAAAAUCCAAGUGAAACAAAUCUACAAAGUCCUCCAGGGUCUGAUGCGACAGGUUCUCAAAAUGGAACAUCCAGAUCAAACUACAGUGCGCGUAGCUUGUUAAAAAGUGCGAGUAUUAGUGCUUCUAAGUGUGUAGUUGUGAAACAAAAUAAAGAUCCAGAGCAAGAGGCAAUUAAGGAGAUAAAUGAUGAGACGAUGGAUGAUGUGAGAGAUGUUGCUGCCCUCCAUGCUUGAUUUUGGUUUUGGUGUUGCUUCGUACCUUCUUCCAUGCUCUGAUUCUUUGCACAAUGAGAGAGAGGUGGUGAUGGUGGUUUGAAGCACUGUUAGUGCUAGAAGAAGCUCGCUUUAGGACUAAGCUCGUUAGUCAUCAAAUGCCAUUUUGUUUGCGUUACUGUUGUAACCAUUUAUUUAUUGUGUACGGCAAACGCAAUGUAUACUACUCACUCAUGUUUUAUGCUAUUAAUUUGAAACAGAUCGAAAGGAAAUAAUGUUAGAAAGAAAGAAAACUCUGCAGUUUACUGUAGGGUGUGCAGUUGAAGUUUGUUAACUUUGAUUAAAGAUAUUAA